AGUCCGGGUCCUGUUAAAGACCAGGGAAUCCAAACGAGGCUGCCUGCCUUUUUCAUGUAUUUUUCCUGAAACAUCUUUGCAGAACGGGAACGAGGGCUGAGAGAACACUUGAGACUCCUACACGGACCAGCUGUGUAAAUAAAAGCUUUCUUGCUGGUGAUGGGCCUCGGUGCUGCAGAAACAAUUCCGUUUUCUAGGAAGGCAUGAGGUGCAGUCCUGGACAAGAGCUACCAAACAGUCUUUGUGUCUCAUGUGGCAAAAAGUGAAAAUACAGCUAAUGCUAAGCAUGUCUUUCCUCGUUGCUGUUUUUUGGUAUUGCAGAAGGCUAUAUGGCUUUUUAGCACAGCUAUUGAAACGGUGGAGCAACUACCUUCAAAGCAAACUCAUAAAGAAUCACAGUGUGUUGGCAGAAGUUGAUCUACUUGGCUAUAGCGCAAGAGAAUGGAAGGGAGAAACAAAGCAGGCCAAACAUAUGAGGGAGGCAUAUAAUGAAUUGUUUUGGAACUAUCAUAUCAAGUAUCUGAGACAGGUCAAGAAGGACAACUAUUGCGUGCUAAGAGCAGUACUUUUUCAAAUACUCAGCCAAGGCAUUCCUUUUCCAUCAUGGAUGAGGGAGAGAGAUAUCUUAAAGCUCCCUGAAAAGCUUUUGUAUUCUCAAGGUUGCAACUGGAUUCAGCAGUACAGUUUUGGUCCAGAAAGAUACACAGGUCCCAAUGCUUUUGGAAAAUUACGCAAAUGUAUGGAAACAUUAAAGACAAACUGGAUCGAAAUAAGUGGUACUAAAGAUCACAAAGAAAGAGGAAACCUGUGUAAUGCACUCUUUUCUGAUGAGAGCAAGGAGCACAAACUAUAUGAGGCCAUAAAAUUCAUCAUGCUUUAUGAAGUUGUUGAAGCCUAUGAGCAGAUAAAGAACAGGGAAGAACCUAUACCCCAUCUUUUUAGCCUCCUCCUUGCUCGGGAUACUUCGUCUGACCCUUUGAGUUUCAUGAUGAAUCAUCUGAACUCCAUAGGUGACUCUGGUUGCCUAGACCAGGUUGAAAUAUUUCUUCUUGGAUACUUACUUGAAGUGAAGAUUAGAGUUUACAGACUGCAUAGGUUUAAUACUGAAGAAUUUCAAGUAAACUAUCCAGAUGAGUACCGAAGGGAAUGGAAUGAGAUUUCUCUCCUGACUGAGGAUGACCGCUAUUAUCACAUCCCUGUUAUCAGAACGUGAAGGACCAAUGACUGUUUUUUUUCCUUUGUAUAAUAUAGUGAGUAACUGGUUCCAGUGAAUUAGGUUUCCAAGUGGCAGCAGAAAUGCAUGUUGAUGAUUACAAAAUGAUUUGUGGGCUUAUUGUGUAAACACUUUGCUUUCCCAUUACAGCUCAGUUCACUGCCAGUCAGCCGUAAAGAAGCAUAAAAUGUAUUGUUAUAUACUGUCUGGGUGUCAUAUUUGAGGGUUGUUGAACACAAAAGGUUAGACUGCAUGACCAAGAAAGAAAAGGUAACUAUACGUUAUCCUUUGUUAGGCUAUUGGUUUACUCUGACAAUAUCUGGAUGGCUUAAACUGAAGUUCCUAAAGCAAUUCCUGCCUUUCCCUUUUCUGUCUCUAGCUAGGAUGGAUGAAUCACACAGGAGGCGACUCCUGGGGUCCAGGACAUGAACCUUGCACUGAUUUGAGGCUGCCUAGCAUGUGAGGCUGUAAACUGGGGCCACUGUGGAGCUGAUUCAGAUCACAUCCAGCUUUCACAGUUGCUUCAAUGUCUCCCUCCAGAGACAGAAAGAGCAAACAGCUGCAGACUGCAGUUAUUUCAGACACUUGAAAUUAAGCUGUCUGUACUCAGUACUGGUAUCUGAAGCUGAAGAAGUGUUAACAAAGAAUGAGAGAAAAACCACACACACACACAAGAAUACAGUGCCAGAUGAAAGUUAAGACUCCAGUGUUUGAAGAAAUCUGUCUGGGACAACUAAAGGAGAUUUACUUUAUUACAUGGGACCUUUUGCCUGAUUCUAUUUUCUAAAAGACUCAAUUGUGUUUUGAUCAUUUCUAAAAUGAGGGACAUUAACUUGAACAAAUAUUAAAGUGAUAUAGUAGAUCUUGCAAAAUGUUUGUGAAAUACUUAAAAUCCCAUAGGUAUCAGUUAUAUUAAGAAAGCAGGGGGUUCUUAAGAAACAAAGUCUCCUCUUUCCUUGGCCUAGAGGUACAGGAGUAGGUAGGUUUGGUUUUGAUUCUUGCAGGGGAAAACAGAAGCCCCUAGUAGUAAUUAAGCCCCUUUAGUAGUAAUUAAGAAUACAAAAAUGUAAUCUGGGCUUGCAGGAGCUACAGCAGUUGAAUGUGGUGACUAAAUGGUAAUGCUUGGAGUGUACAAAGACUACUCUGCUCCUUUGUGCAAAGGAAUGAAAUGUUAUCUCUUACAGUCCUUUUAUUUGUAUGUAUAUGUAUAUAUAUUUAUAAAUACAAACACCUGAGUGCUGUAUUAUAGCACGUUUGUUUCUUGGAAGUUUUUCCAAGUUCAGUUUUGUUCAAUAAUUUGUAGCUUUUAAUUAAAAAGGCUUGAUACAUAUAAGAAUUUCAUCUCAUCAAGACCUGCAUGUCAAAUAUUUAUUUUAAAAACAAACAAACAAACAAAAACUUUUUCACUGAAAAUUUUCACUUUUUUUUCCCACUUUAGAUUUGGUUCUGCUCCAUGUGGGGAAAUGUUAUAAUGCCUGCGCAUAGGGUAUUGUUGUCUAUUUUUCACCAACAGUAUGUAUAACACUUGCACCUAUCAAUAAACUAUAUUUUAUUCUUGGUUUUGGUACAAGCAGACAUACCAAAAAUUGUAUAUUUUUAUAGAGACCUUUUUAAUUGUUUGCUAUUAUUUAUGAAUAGCAAUGCAAAAGCAUGAUAGCUGAAAGUGUUAAAUUGUCAAAAUGUAUGUUUAUGUAAUGUUAAGCACCUUAAUAGAAGGGAAUUAAUAAAGAUCUAACACAGACAGUGAAAUUU